CUGCCGUCAGCCUGAUGCUCCAGAUGCUUUCGAACAGGUGAGAUCAGGCGGUAGCAGUGGUUUUUCCUCCUUGAGGACACCUGGGAAUUGAAGAGAAAGAACACCCCCCCGACACGCCUCUGUUCCAUUCCAUCAAUAUGGAUAAUGCCAAGAAGAAGACGGCUUGGUCUAACUUCAGAGACAAGACCAAAGCCCGUUUUGAUAACAUCAAGGUGGGCAAGAAACCCAAGAGGACCAAUCUGAAGUAUCGUCGGAGCAUCUCUGUCCCCGACCUCCGCAUUGCUCUCCCAUCUCAGGCCUCAGCCCUGGACACAAUAGCCCAGACGCCCACUGAUGACGGCAUGUUUUUUAACAGCCAGUUUUAUUCUCAGUCCGUGGCAGAGAGCGGCGAGUCCAGCCCCACAUUCUCGGAGAACUCCUCCAUUCCAGAUGGCCCUUUGUACACCAGGUUUGCCUCGCCGCCCUCCGUCAGCUCUGCCCCUGAGAGGGGGCUUAGCCAGGGCAUCAGCGCCACUCCGAGAUCACUGGAGACCGACAACUUCUCGUGGCUGGCGGACAGGACUAGCGUCCCGGCUGAGAGGGUGGAGCGAUCGGUGCCUUCAGAGCCCCCGAGUGCUCCUGUUUCAAAGCCACCUAUGCCCGCCGAGAGACAAGUUUUCCCGGCCUACCAGACGCACGCCCCUUCCCCCGUAGAGAGAGCCGCCGUGGUGCCAAAAGUCCCCCCCGUUUCCCCAGAGAAGAGAGCAACGCCUCCAGUGUCCAGGUCGGUCAUCCCACCGGACAGACUAUCUCUGCCGGCAGAGAUCUCCUCCUGGGCUGGACCCACGGAGUCAGGCAACAGCACCCCCUCGGAGGAGCACAUCCUGGAGGAGUCUUGGGGGAUGGAGAGUGACCUGCUGGCCAUGAUUGAGCCGAUGUCACCGCCAUCCAGGGAGCUCUUCAUCGUAGGGUCCGCAGAAGAUGUAUCCUAUACUCCUUUCUUCAAUGAAACCAGUGAUUAUGACACCAACGACCAAGACCAAGUAGAACGAAGUAACUCAGCUGCCAGCCAAGAUCCGCUGGCCCCCAGUGGGCAGAAGGUGCAGUACCUCAUCACCAUCAACCUCAAGGAGGGCAGGAACCUGGUGGUGCGAGAUCGCUCUGGCAAGAGCGACCCGUUUGUUAAAUUCCAAAUUAACGGGAAGACAAUCUACAAAAGCAAAGUGGUGUCUAAAAACCUCAACCCAGCCUGGAACGAAUCCUUCUCCUUCCCAGUGCGCGACCUGGAGCACAAGCUCUACGUGAAGGUUUAUGACAAAGACUUUCGAUCACAUGACUACAUGGGCGGGAGUGAUGUUUGUCUCAAUAAACUCGAAUUGGACAAGACCACAGAGCUGGUGCUGAAGCUGGGGGACCCCAACAGUAAGGAGUCAAACAUGGGGGUUGUCAUCAUGGACCUCUGCCUGUCCAUGAGAGAAACCACCAAGAGAAACCGCUGGAAUCUAAAGAGGAGAGGGAGCAUUGGGAAGGGCCAGGUUCCAUCUCAUGCUCAGCAGCUUCGCGGUGUGGACAUGAAGAAGAACCAGGUGUGGAGCGGCGUCUACUCCAUCGUGCUGGUGGAGGGUCAGGACAUGCCAGAGGCCGGCCAGGGUGACGUCUGCGUGCGCUUCCGCCUGGGAGAGCAGAAGUUCAAGAGCAAGAACCUGUGUGUAAAGUCCAACCCGCAGUGGAGGGAGGCCUUCGACUUCAACCAGCUGGAUGGGCUGGACAUGCUUCAGGUGGAGGUGUGCUGCAAGAAGGGCCGCAAGUGUGACGAGUGCUGGGGAGUACUGGAUAUUGACCUGUCCAGGCUGCCGAUCAAGCAGAGACAGCUGUAUACGCGGGUGUUGGACCCGGGAAAGGGCCGGCUGGUCUUCCUCAUCACCCUGACGCCCUGUUCCGGAGUCAGCGUGUCUGACCUGCGAUCGCCCCCGCUAGACGACGUGGAGACCAGCGAGAGGGUGCUGUACCAAUACAGUUUGAAGAACUCCUUGAAAAACAUGAAGGACGUCGGUUUUGUUCAAAUCAAGGUGAUCAAGGCCAGUGACAUCGCCUCGGCCGACCUGAGCGGCAAAAGUAAUCCCUUCUGCCUACUCGAGCUGGGGAACAGCAAGCUGCAGACCCAGACCAUCCACAAAACACUCAACCCGGAGUGGAACAAAGUCUUUACAUUCCCAAUUAAAGACAUACACGACGUCCUCGUCCUGGCGGUCUAUAACGACGAUGGGGACAAACCCUCAGAAUUACUGGGGAAAGUGGCUGUGCCUUUGCUCUCGAUUCAAAAUGGCCAAGCUGUUACCCGGCACCUUAAGAAAGAUGAUUUAGCUGCUGCAUCUAAAGGAACCAUCUCGCUGGAGAUGGACGUCAUCUACAAUCCAGUUCGUGCAGGCAUCAGAACCUUUGGACCCAAAGAAAUGAAAUUCUUGGAAGACAAUCCAAAAUUUAACAAGAAGAUUUUAGCUCGUAACAUAUACCGGGUCCGGCGCAUCAGCACGGCCAUCCUGUACACGCUGCGCUACAUUAGGAGCUGUUUCCAGUGGGAGAGCACGCAGCGCAGCAUCAUCUCCUUCUUGAUCUUUGUGCUGACCGUGUGGCAGGGCGAGCUCUUCAUGCUGCCUCUGUUCCUGCUCCUGCUCAUCGGCUGGAACUACUUCCAGAACACCCCGGGGGCGGUCAGCCACAGUCAGGACCUGGAGAACAUGUCCGUGGCCGAAGACGAGGAAGAGGACGAAAAGGAAUCAGAGAAGAAAGGGCUGAUGGACAAGAUCCACAUGGUUCAAGAGAUAGUCCUCACCGUGCAGAACACCUUGGAUGAGGUCGCAUCUAUUGGAGAGAGAAUCAAGAACACUACCAACUGGUCAGUGCCUUUCAUGUCGUACCUGGCGUGUGUGAUGCUGUUUGUGGCGACCGCUGUGCUGUUCUUCAUCCCUCUUCGCUACAUCGUGUUGAUAUGGGGUGUUAACAAAUUCACCAAGAAGCUGCGCAACCCGUAUGCCGUUGACAGUAAUAAAGUACUGGAUUUCCUCCAGAGGGUGCCUUCUGAUGUUCAAAAGGUGCAGUACAGCGAGCUCCGCGCACCCGCCGCCGCUAACCCGCAGCGCAAGAAACGCUAGCGCCCCCUCCCCACCGCACAACCCCCCCACCGCACGACCCUCCGGAACAAGCCGCCGGACGGGCCGGCCUGACGGAGGGAUGGAGGGAUGCACUGACGUGGAGGGAUGGACGGAUGGAUGGAUGGAUGAAUGGAUGGAUGAGAUGCGGGUCGGGCAGUCUCUCUCUCUCUCUCUCUUCGUAAAAUGGAUUGGUCGGCCGGAGCGCUCUGUUUUUGAUACUUUGAGAACUGGCCUGUACCCACUCUAAACUAACCUUCUCUGGACCUUCAAGCUUGUCUCCUAUAAAUGCAUCAAAACAUAUUGUUACUGCCAGGUCCAUGGUCACGUGUGUGUUUAUGUGUGUGUGUGCAAGUGUGUGUUUGUGUCUGUGUGUGUGUGUGUGUGCAUGUCUAAGUGUGUGUUUGCUUGUACAUACAGUAUACCGUAUUGCAUUUGUGUGUGUGUGUGUGUGUGUGUGUGUGCGCACGCACGUGUGUGUGUCUGUGUGUGUUCCUGCCACCCUGUCUGACAGGGGCUGCGGUUUGUCUCUUUCGGGGCAGCACAUGGUGCUGUCAAUCACUGCUCCGAGCUUUUAUGGGGAAAAAACGGGAAAGUAGGGCGCCCCCUGGCCCAGCUUAACAACACGUUUUGGAUCACUGGAAGUCCUGGCCGCAAAAGCACCAGAAAAGCUUCAGUGACCUGCACCACAUGGAAAUGUCUUUCUGUUGACCAUGGACCAAGUACAAAGCCAUGUAACUUUGUGACUAAUUGCAAACCCAGCUGAAAUGUAGAUGCCAUGCUAUUUUCAUAUCAUACUAUCACUCAGGCAGAAAAACUUGCUUCCUCUUUAUGAUAGAAUAUUUGCUUUGAUACAGAUAGAGCUAACAUAUAUUUUCUUUGCUGUACUUUUUAAAAAAAUUAUUGUCUCUUGAAUGAGUAUGUACUGUAAAUAUUAAAGAUUUUUUUUGUGAUA